ACGUAAGCGUGAGUGAACCGAUCUCUUCAAGGAGGACAACUCUUCCACUCGUACCUGGCUUUGUUUCUCACUUUUAUCGACAAAACAAUUUCUCUGUUGAAUUUCGAUCUUUGUUUGUGUGAUCAGUCGAGCGGCAAGGAUAUUUAUUAUUACUAGUUGCUGUUUUCUAGCAAAUUUCCGCUCGGCAAGUUCUAUCGGAUAGUUAAUUACACACACAUACACGCAGGCGUACAAGCUUCGCAAUCACAACGACGCUAUAGGCUUUAUUUGGUUAUUGUGCACGACGGAUUAGGAACGUCUAAUAGUUUAGUUAUUAAUUAUAAUGACAUUAUUACCGCCGACGGUUGAGCAACAGAGGCGGAUCGAUGAGGAGUUGCCGCCAAAUCCAGAAAUGAGAAAACUCGAUUUAAUUGCAAUCAGAGAUUGGCUUGCUAAACAACCACAUCUUCCGAAACAUAUGGAUGAUAAAAGAUUGGAACACUUUUUAUUCGGCUGCAAAAACAGUAUAGAAAGAUGCAAAAUGAUAAUAGAAACAUACUACAGUGCACGAACAGCUUUACCUGAGUUCUUUGCAAACAGGGAUCCACUUGCAAGGGAUAUUCAAGAUUGUUGUGAUUCAAUAGAAUAUUUUGUACUUCCAAAAUUGACUGAGGAAGGUCACAGAGUGACAAUAUUCCGACUAAAGGAUACAGAUAUUGACAAGUUUUCGUUGACAGCAGCGACAAGGCGAGUUCUUAUGGUUUUGGAUAUUCGUCUGAUGGAAGAAGCUUCUCUCACAAACGUCAUGGUCUUUGACCUUAAGGGAUUCACAGCGGGUCAUUUCGCAAAAUGCGUACCAGCUCAAACAAUCGUGAAGAAAGCCAUGCUCGCUACACAAAACAGCAUGCCAUUUAGAUUACAUCGAAUUCAUUAUCUGAACGCGCCGUCUUUUAUCGGCAGUAUCAUGAACGUUUUUUAUCCGUUAUUGAAGGAAAAACUCAUUUCAAAGUUCCGAAUCCAUACCGGUGGGGGUGAAGAGUUACACGCUUACAUGGAUAAGGACAUUCUUCCAAAUGAGUACGGUGGUAACGCAGGUAGCUUUCAAGAGCUAAACGAAGCAUGGCGACUAAAAGUUGAGAAACAUCGUGACUGGUUUCUUCGCGAAGAAAAAAUCAGUCGAACAAACGAAAGUGCCCGAUUGCCUAACAACAAAUCCAAUAUUCUCAAAGAGCUUGAGGGUGUACAAGGCUCAUUUCGCAAGCUCAACAUCGAUUAAAAUUUCACUUAAUUAUUCACCUCAAUUAUCUAUUCUCUCUCUCUCUCACACUCUCUCAUUCUCUCUCUCCCUCUCAAUUUUAUUAUUAUGUGGAUAAUAAGAAGUGGAGCGUGACGCUCAUUUGUUAUAGAUUAUAGUACGAUUGCCUUUUUUAUUAGUUGAUUGUUGCUGUAAUUUUUACAUUUUGUAAU